GCGCUUUGUCUCACGCUCAUGUCGGAAGUCUCGGUCGCAGACGGAAAGGCAAACGUGCUGCAUUACGACAAUGGCACCAAGCAGUGGGUGCCGCAGGGAUUGUGUCGCCUGGACAUUUACAAGAACAAUGCCAACCACACAUUCCGAGUGAUUGCGCGCGUUAUGCAAAACCAGUCGCAGAUUGCCAUCAACUCACCCCUGGUCAAGGGCAUGGUGUACCGCAAGGCCACCGACAUGUUCCUCCAGUGGCAAGACUCGCGGAUGGUCUACGGCGUCAACUUUAGCUCCAAAGCCGACACGGACGCGUUUACCGCUGCCAUGGAGCAGGCUCUGGCCGAGCUCGACGGUGGCGCACCAGCACCAGCACCAGUACCAGCACCCGCAUCCGCGCCAGCACCAACACCAGCGCCAGCAGCGGCUGCAGCAGCAGCCGUGCCUGCCACGCCGCCAAAACCAGUGACCGCGCCGCCAAAGCCGAUCGUCCCUGCUGCUGCUGCCGCGCCACCGGCCCAUGCCGACGACGACGACGACAACGACGCCGGCGAAGCUGCUCCAGGCUCGCUUGCUGCACAGCUCGCAGCCACCAAGCUCAAGAAGCGUGCAGACGCGCCCUCGCCAACCCCUGCAGCUGCCCCGGCGGCCUUCCACGACGGUCCCGCAGCCCACGCGCCCGUGGCUGCCACCACAAGUGGCGGGAACAUGAUGGACGAGAUGGCGCAGAAGCUGGCGCGUCGUCGCACCGCCUCGAGCGCGACUGAUGUGCCCGGAUCGACCACCGCGCCGCCCCCAAGUGCUGUGACUCCCGCGCCUCCCAAGUUCGGCGGGCCUCCUCCCACGGCCGCAAAGCCCAAGGCUGUGACAUCAGAGCCCGAAACCACGCCUCCCCCACCCACAUCUGGCUUCACGCCGCCACCGCCGCAAUUUGGCAAGCCCGCAAGCGAACCUCCGGCCCCUGCGCCAAAGCCCGCUGUCGAGCCCCCAGCGGUUGCGCACAAGCCUACAGGGCCGCCUGCGGUUGCCGCCAAGCCAGUAGCUGAGCCAUCGCAUUCGCCCGAGCACACCGAUGCCGAUCAGGCAGUCAACGGCUUCAAGAAGCACCUCGUCCCGCCACCGGUGUCGAGCAAAUCUGGUCUGACGAAAUCGACUGAAAACAUUGCCAAUGCCAUUUCGAGUUCCGAGAGCACUACAAUUACCGUUACUAGCGAGGAGCUGCGUGCUUUCAAGGCUGAGCUUUUGCAGGACUUCCGGAAGGAGCUCCAAGCCAUGAAGCAUGAGAUUCUGACAGCGCUCAACGAGUCACACACAUAAAUCACUCUCAGCGCUAGACUGAGUCGCAAGUCUCGCUCUAAUGCCAUUUUUUUUCUUUCUUGUGGUUAUCGAUUUUUUCUUUCUUUUUUGUCUUCUUCUUUCUUGUUGGAACGGAGCGUUGGCGAAAUGCCGUACGCCUUGUUUUGUUCUUCAGUCGUGUGUUUGUGUGGUGUGCUUCCUGCAAGCGUGUCAUGACAGUAAUGUGUUUGUGUCUUCAUUAACAAAAAAAAAAAAGUGGUCUUGAAA